CCACGGGGCCAGCUGGGGCGACAACUGUGGCCGCAUCCGGGGGGCGACACCCCAGUGUCCGUUCACAGACCUGGGCAGGACCCCAAGCCAGGUCUCUGUGGCCCUGGUGCCUGGCCAGGGCUUGGGAUGGGGAGGAGGGCAGCCCAGGACAGAGGUGGGAUGGCACGGGUGGUCCUGGCUACGGUGGGGAAGCCCAGGGGUGAGAGGGCUUCCUGAGCGGGGUGCCCCAGCGGGUCCAGGAGCAGUGGCGGAGGGGAGCUAGGACAGCAGGCAGGGCUCUGGUAUUGCCCACCUCCUCCACUCCACUCCCCCUCCCCCCGGGGGCCCCACCCCAGGCUCGUCCUGGGAGGCACAGGCAGAAGUGCUGCAGAAAAGGGCGGCAGAGAUCCCUGUCCUGGGGGGCACUGUGUGCAAUGGUGCACACGCCCUCCUCUCUGUGCCUGGCCUCUUGCAGGCCAGGGGGCCACACCCCAUGCUCCAGGCCUGGGCCCUCAAAAGGGCUCAGCAUCUGUAGGUGCUCUGGUUAGUAUAGCUCACAAAUAGACAGUGGCCAGCCCUGUGGCCACGUAGGGACCGGAAGCUGGGGCUGUGGGGGUCCAGGCCCCUUCCUGCCGUGUCAUCCUGGAAGACUUCCUGGAGGAGGCGUCACAGCUGAGACUCGAGGACAUUGUCAGGUCCAGGACCAGCACAGCUGAGGCCAGAGGGGACGGCUGGCUCAGGCAGGAACCAAACGGAACCCCCAGAAUAUAACGCCACAGUGACCCCUGGGACUCCCGCGAUCCCCGUAACCUCGGUGACCCCCAGGACCCCAGCCACAGCGACAGCGCCCAAGGCAGAGGGACCCCAUGGUGGGGGGCUUAUCCACCUGCCCAGGGCAGCCCCCUCCAAUAGCAGCCCUGGGGACACAGCGGUGCUCACCGAGGCCGGGCAGGCCUGCAGGUUCCCCUUCCGCUAUGGCGGCCGCAUGGUCCACUCCUGCACUACAGAGGGCAGCGCCCACAGGAAGUGGUGUGCCACGACUCACAACUAUGACCGGGACAGGGCCUGGGGCUACUGUGUGCAGGCUUCCACUCCCCGGGAGGGCCCAGCUGCCCCGGAUCCCUGUGCCUCUGGCCCCUGCCUCAACGGGGGCUCGUGCUCCAGCACCCAGGACCCCGAGUCGUACCACUGCGCCUGCCCCGUGGCCUUCACCGGCAAGGACUGCGGCACGGAGAAAUGCUUUGACGAGAGCCGCUACGAGUACCUGGAGGUGGGCGAUCGCUGGGCCCGCGUGCACCGGGGCCGAGUGGAACAGUGCGAGUGUGUGGGGGGCCAGGUCCGGUGCCAGGGCACCCGCCACACAGUUUGUCUGAGCAGCCCCUGCUUGAACGGGGGCACCUGUCACCUGAUCGUGGCCACCGGGACCACUGUGUGUGCCUGCCCUCCAGACCACGCCGGGCGGCUCUGCAACAUUGUGCCGGCCCAGCCCUGCUUCGUGGGGAGCGGCACCGAGUACCGAGGUGUGGCCAGCACGGCGGCCUCGGGCCUCAGCUGCCUGGCCUGGAACUCCGACCUGCUCUACCAGGAGCUGCACGUGGACUCUGUGGGCGCCGCGGCCCUCCUCGGCCUGGGGCCCCACGCCUACUGCCGGAACCCGGACAAAGACGAGAGGCCCUGGUGCUACGUGGUGAAGGACAGCGCGCUCUCCUGGGAGUACUGCCGCCUGGCAGCCUGCGAAUCCCUUGCCAGAAUUCAGCCCCCGCCCACCGAGGCCCUGCUGAGCCUGCCUGGGCCCGCGGCAGCUGGACCAGCCGGACGCCAGACCUGUGGCAAGAGGCACAAGAAGAGGAGCUUCCUACGGCCACGCAUCAUCGGCGGCUCGUCCUCGCUGCCCGGCUCCCACCCCUGGCUGGCCGCCAUCUACAUCGGGAACAGCUUCUGUGCAGGGAGCCUUGUCCAUACCUGCUGGGUGGUGUCUGCCGCCCACUGCUUCUCCAACAGCCCCCCCAGGGAAAGUGUCUCUGUGGUCCUGGGCCAACACUUCUUCAACCGCACGACGGACGUGACGCAGACGUUCCGCAUAGAGAAGUACAUCCCGUACCCCCUGUACUCAGUGUUCAACCCCAGUGACCAUGACCUCGUCCUGAUCCGGCUGGAGAAGAAGCGGGAGCGCUGUGCUGUCCGCUCGCAGUUCGUCCAGCCCAUCUGCCUGCCUGAGCCCGGCAGCGCCUUCCCCGCUGGGCACAAGUGCCAGAUUGCGGGCUGGGGCCACCAGGAUGAGAAUGUGAGUGGCUACUCCAGCUUGCUGCGGGAGGCCCUGGUCCCCUUGGUCGCCGACCGCAAGUGCAGCAGCCCGGAGGUGUACGGGGCAGACAUCAGCCCCAACAUGCUGUGCGCCGGCUACUUCGAUUGCAGGUCUGACGCCUGCCAGGGGGACUCAGGCGGGCCCCUGGCCUGCGAGAAGAACGGCGUGGCCUACCUGUACGGCCUCAUCAGCUGGGGUGACGGCUGCGGGCAGCCCAACAAGCCCGGCGUCUACACCCGCGUGGCCAGUUACGUGGACUGGAUCAGCGACCGGAUUCGGCCCCCCAAGCGGCCUGUGAAUCCCUCCUGAGACCACCCCUGGGGACAUCGUGCCUCCUGCCGUUCCCUCCUCACUGGCAAUAAACAUGUUUCCAAAAAGA